AUGUCAGAACCGGUCGCUCAUGAUGUACAGUCGAACUCAUCUCAACCGUCGUCAUCACUAUCUGGGAUUCCUCCAGGCACCCUCUCCCAAACCGCGUCGGCCAGCGAGGAGACGUCUUCCUCGCUUCUGCCCUCGAGUUGCUCCAAUGUAUCUGUCAUCGACGACCCAGCCCUGGCAUCUUUGCCUCAUUCUGGAGGCAUUGAUUUAUUCGUCUCCUUUUGGAGUUACUGCGUUGUUCUGGUCGCAACAAUGGCAACGGCUGUGGCUGUAUAG